ACUGCACUAUAGAGGAACAGAGUGCAGAUAAACUAAAAACAAGUAAAUCAGUGUUAUCGUGUGUCAAAGAAACUAUUAUUGAUGUGAAUACAUCAAGAGAGAACAUUAUUGUCUGCACCCAGCUAAGAAAGGAUUAUGUUGAUGCCUCAAACCCUGUUCAGAGGAAAGAUUGCAUCAGUGAAAGGGUUUUGGAGGGGGGUAAAGCCACAGUAUUAAAACCACUGCUUCCCUCCAUGUAUGCUCAAGAUACCUUAUCUCUGAAGCUGACAAAUGGGUUGGAGAAAGUUCAGAAAGUGAAUCAGUGCAUGCACCACAAUGCACAGGUAGUCGACAACAAAACAGAACUAAAUGAAAGUGGACUGGCCUCUAUGGAAAUGCAACAUAUUGAUGAUAAACCACUAACACAUGAACAUUCAAGACUUCUGAAUGAAACUUUGUGCUCACCAAGUGAAAACUCUCUUAUGAAGGUCUCAACUCCAGUACAAUCCAGUAAUUGGAGCAUUCCUCAGGUAUCACUGUCCACCGAAGCAACAGUGAAACAUAGCGUCUCAGGUGUACACUCCGAAGAUGUAGCCGAUAUGUUUCAGCAAACCAUGGAGGCACAAAAUAAAAACUCUUUAGUAUCAAGUAUGGAACAUUACCACUCAACAGUGUAUGGCAAAUAUCCUCCUCCUGAAGCCUGGCCUUCAAGCAAUCUUGCAUUUUAUGAAUUUGGUCCAGGAAACUGUGGAAAACAUAAUGGUUGUGUAGGCCAAGAUAAAACUUGUGCUAAACAUUCCUUGGAAACUGCUACUAUCAGUAGUAAUUGUGAUGAAAACAAAGAAAGACCUGUGGAGGACAUACAUAACGGUUACUCUGAAGAUUUAAGAAAAGAUGCCACUCUUUCAGAUUUAAGCCAGGCACCACAAAGAAAACAAAUGCACAAGUUGCUUAAAACUUGUGAUACUGUAAAAAUCGACAAGGAUCCACAAUCAGAGAAUCAGUCAAUCUACACAAGUAAUAAAUUGGAGGUUACAUCUAAGUAUAAUGAUGGCAGCAUCAAAGGAAUGCAAAGUUUUAUUAACCAACCACUGGAAAAUAAAGAGCCAAAUAUGACUGCAAAUCACCAGUCAACUUGUAUGCAAAGAAGAGAGCCUGAUAAAUCUGUUGAGAUAUAUCACAAUGCAAAACAGACUCAUUGCAGUCAAAAUACAAAGGAAUAUUAUAAUAACAGAUGUAAAUCUACAGAACAUGUCACAGCAGCGGAAGCUACAAAACAUUUUGUUGGCAAUGGUAAUGAUGAAAGACGGAAAGGAAAACAAAAGCGAUGCAGAAAGGCCCACUUUAUAGCACCUCCAAGUUCAUCCACUGAUUCUACACCUGAUUUAUCUGUGGAUGAGAGUACCACAUCUAAAGGUCAUGUGUCUCGUACCAAACCUGCUUCUCAAGCAAACCUGCAAAUGAACGAACCAAACGAACAAAAGAUUUCUUCACCUUCAACAAUUAGUCCAAUAUCAUUAGUAGAACAAUCAGGAGAGAGAUACACCCAGCAGCUUAGCACUGGUAUGCCACCCUCUAUGUUUGGAGUUGCCAUGUGUAGCAAAGCUGAGACAACUGCAUGUCAGCAAGAUCAUGGUUCUAAAGAAGAAAUGCAAAAGAUAGAGAUGACUGAAUCAAAUGGUAAUAAAGACAUUAAUUUAAGGAAGAAUGCUUCUUCCGAAGAUAUUUUAGCUUGUGUGGAAGACCAUUCUCAGCCAUUCCCACAGACAAGUGAUUCUGCAAUGCAUUUUUCCUCAAGUGAUAUUAACCCAUUUAUUCAUUCAAAAACUAUAAUGGGGGUUAACACAGCAGUACUCAAAAAGCAGGCCUUUGGAAGUGCUGCCAAUAUAUCCUGCAAACACUCUUCACUCAUUAGUUCCAACAAGAAUAUGACAAGGUGCUGCAAUGUAGACAAUGGCCUAAAUAUUCAGGACUCCACUUUCAGUUCUCAUUUGAGUGCUUAUGUAAAUCAUAAAGGUCUCUCUAGCACACUGAGUAGUAAUGAAUAUUCUAGAGAUCAGAUUUCUUCUGAACCUCUGCUGAAGGCAGCUUCUUAUUCCUCUAGUGGUUCAAAAACAAAUACCCUAACAGCUUUGAAAUGUGACUCUUACAAUGGUCCCCCAGAGGAGUUACGCCACAGUUCAGGUCAAGUUGAUGAAAAAGUGCUGCUCUACUCCUCUGAGUAUGAAUCUCAGGAACAUCCGAGACCAAGCAGGUGUGAUCAUGGCACACAAACCAUUGAGGUUUGUGAGAACCUUAAAAGAAAGUGUCGUCACAGAAGAAGCAGCACACAGACACCAGUGUCCAAACCAGGGAAUGGUGCCCUAACCACAUGGGCAAGUCUACAGAACAUGUCUGAACAUCUCUCUGGCCUAAUAGUCAACACCUCUGAUCUUCUGGGGAACAUACAGGGUAUGCGAACUGGGGAAAAGCCACCAAAAUAUGACCAUCCUAAACACUGUUUUCAAGUUUCAACUAUGCAUUCUGUCAGUAACUUCAAGAGAGACUGUUCUACACAAACAUCCUUGGACAUUGGGGUCCAGACAGAGGAUGCUCCAGUGUCAAACAAUACUAUGGCCCAUGAAGUAAAUGUUAUUGUUAAAGUGAUUGGCUUAGAUACUUGCAAUGGGUCCCAAUUAGAUGGUGAUGCCAAGAUCUUGAAUAAUAAAUGUGAAAAUGAACAGGCUUUUGAAAGGAUUAAAUGCCUGCCUGAUUUACAUCCCAAAGGUUCAAAGGUAACUGAGUGUCCGAAUGUUCUGAUUCCCUCCCAGAAGGUUCUUUCAUUAGAGACUGUUGUGCCAAAUCAGGAUUCCCCAUCUAUGAAAGCAUUUGAAGGUAACACAGUAGACUACUUCAAAGAGAAGUCUUCAUCUAGCCACCUUGGAGCAAAAAGCUUGCAUAUGAAACAAGAGGAGAAGCAGAAUUAUCACAGAAAUUUAGACCUAAGGAAUUGCUUUAAUAAACAAAUUAUGCUCAUGGAUCGUGCCUGUUCCCCUAUCCUUACUGUGAAGGCUGCAAGACAAGUAAAAACAACCCAGAGUUUAACAAACCUCAAAACCGAGGCACGAGAGAAACAGUACUCAAAUGUAUACAACGUGCCAUUGAAAGCUCAUAAAAUGUCCAACCAUGAAAAUAAGGUACUUCACAGUAAAAAUGCAAGAACAGCAUCAACAUCAGUGUCAUCUGUGACCUCCGAAAACCUGAGUAACCUUUGUCCAAAUAUGGGUGGAUCUGAUGACUUCUCAAACAGCAUCUGUCCCUGCACCAAAUGCAUGAACAAAGAGAGAAAUGAAUACUCACAUGAAGUUGAAGAGAGGGUAAUAAGUAAACCCACUAUAAACCGUUCCCCAUCUCAGCCACAAAAAAUGUCCCUCUCCCCUCCAAGCAGCACCAUCGGUGUCCAACUUGCAUCAUCCUCAGAUAACGUCAGACAAUCUAACAUGGAAAACCUAGAAACACCUCAUUUGUUGAGUCACAGAUCAUCUGAGUAUAUAAUAAAACGUUGGGAUCAUUCAAAUCAAAGUAUUGUGCAACAGCAGGAAGAUGAUGAGAUGUCUCUGGUGCCAAGUGAGUGCAACACAGAUGUUCUGGUCAGCAUCAAUCCUCUGGCAGAGACCAGCACGCUCAAAGGACAUCAGUGGAUCCCUGAUGAUCUGCCCAUACACAACAAAUUUAAUAACUGGUCUGGCAUCAAUCAGCAGCCACCAUCAACACUUAAAAUACAAAGACCAACUAGACAGCACUUCACAAAGCUCAGCCCCAGUUACUGGCAAGAGCCAUCAUGGAAAAUGGACAGGAGAGCACAUGAAAUUGAGAAGCUGAGGAAAGAACGCGAGUGGGUUUUAGCCUCUGUACAUAUGGAUCUGAGCCCUCAUCAGCUGACCAUUGAGCUCACAGAGGCCAAGCUACACUAUGGCCAAGGGGAAACAGACACUCUGCUUAAAAUUCUCAAGUCUGGUUCUCAAGAGGCAUCUUCAGCCUGUAACAAACAGGAGAUACUUAACAGGAAGAGCAAUGAAAGUUUGAGAACAGACAGAGAAGCCCAUCUCCAAAUGUGUCGUCGGGCUCGGAGCCUCAGCCCCAGUAAGCAUCGGAUAUCUAUAAAUUAUGAGGAGCAAUAUCAAAAAGUUUCAAAACUGCAGCAGCUCAGACAACAGAUUGUUGAAACCAGCAGAAUUCCUGAUCCACCAAGAAGAGAGGGUCAAUGUCCAUCUGACAUUGAGCAUCUAUUGCGUGACUACAGUCGAGCCCGCAAGGAGGCAAGAGCAGAGAUUGCACGUGCACGAGACAGACUCCGUGAGAGGACCGAACAGGAGAAGAGACGACUACAGCAGCAAGCUCUCUCGCAGGCAGUGAAGGAUGACCUGCGGUUUCGCACACGCAUUAGUAACAGUACUUUAUGUAGUGGUUCGAACCUGAGUCUUUCCUCAGGCCCCACUUCAGGGUACAACAGCAGCAAUGCUGCCUUAUUGAAAGACAUUACCUCACCAUUAAUACAGGUAAACGGAGUCUCAGAAUUCAAAGUAAAGACUCGACCUCCAGUGAUCCCGUUGCAGACUUCAAAAGCCCAGCGUAGAUGGCUGUCCGUCCAGGAUGUCAGCCUGGAGACGUCUUCCACUGGAUAUGAGCCUGAGUCCUCCUCCCCUCUAUCAUCUCCUCCCUGUGCUCAACAACGCACUCUUUCCUUUGGCUCUCCUUUGUCUAUAUCAACUUCAUAUCAGGAUAUCGCAGACUGCACUCUUGCCAGUGCUAUUUCAGAAGUAUAUUUGGGUUCUGGCGGUGAUCUGAGGAAUCUGCUGACUGGGAAGGCAGCUGCUGGCUGGAGGCAUCAAGGUGUGGAGAGAGGCGUUCAGGUUUUUCACAAGGCUACUUCCAGACCCUCAGCUCAUGGGUUUCUUGGAGCAGUAGAGCUGGAGAGGCCUUUGGCCAGUCUGUGGUCCAUAGUUCGAGACCACUCAAAGACUCACUUCUACCAAGAGUCUAUUAAAUCUGCCUGGACACGACCAUUGGACAAAAGCACACAACUAGUCUAUCUUUUGACGGACGUAACCAACUGCCAUCUUAAACAGCCGCGGGACUUCUGCUGUCUCAGUACAGAAUCUAAACAGGAUGAUAUGUGGGUGCUGGCCAUGCAGUCUGUAUUUGAGGAGACACUGCCGCGUCCCAGUGUGGAUAUUAUUCGUGGUGAGAUUCUACCCAGCGCAUGGAUCCUUCAACCCAGUCAACGUAACAGUCGAGAGGUUGUCACUGUCAUCUAUUUGUUACAAGUGGAUUUGGGAAGCCCAUCCUUGGCUCCUAGACUGCUGAAUGCAGUGUCUAGGAAGCAAGCAGCUGUCAUAGCAGACCUCGAUUCUUUCUUCUCUUUAUGACAAAUCAGGUUACACAUGUAGCAACAAGCACUCACACUAAAACCCUGAAGGUUUUUGCUAAGAUUUGCACCUCAUGUUCUUGCUUUUUACUUGAUUCUAUUUCACUUAGCACUGAUUGUAUGAUUAUAUAUAUUUAUAUUGUGUAACACAUUAUCUUGCCUUAUUUUAUCUUGUCUUAAUAUUUGUUAUUGAAUAAUUUUGCCCCCAUGUGCCAAAGCAUUGAUUACUGUAAACAGAUUAUAAUGCUUUGAUGAAUCAAAGUAAAAUCCCAAAGCUAUUUCUUCAUGUGUGUAUGUAGUUAUUACUUGAUUAUCAUUUGACAUCGAGUAAACUAUGCAUAGCUCUGUUAUUUGUAAGAAUGGAUAUUCAGAUCAAAACAAACAACUGUAUUACAGUAUUCUUUAAAUGCAUAGCAUUGUCUUAAGCUACUUUCAGAAAUAACUAGUAUGUAAAACUUGAACUUGACAUCAGCUGUAUACUUUUUUAACUUUAUUCUGUAAUAUGCAGUACAGUGCAUUUCAUAAACAUGUCGAGUCGCUUUCUGUUUUAUGAGUUGUUUGUUGGUAGUGUAAUUUUUCAGCCGUUUUCAUUUUUGUUUGUGUGAUUUCUGUGUAAUUGCUGACUGUUAUAAAAUUGUUAUUGACUGCAGUGCUAUUGUUGAUGUUGAUACUUUCAGUAUUGUAAUAUUUAUUUUUGUAAAAUGUGCAUGCAAAUGUUGUUUUAAUUUUCCCUGUGUAAUGAAAUGCAAACAAAAGUUAAUCAUUUUAACAUGAACUGUUACACUUUCUACAGUGGCUUCAGCUGUAUAGAUUAUACACAUAUCUGGAUUUGCUUUAAAGCCAUUACAUUUUGACAAAGUGAUCAAGAGAGCCUUUGCUCAAGCACUGUAGAAUGAUGCAAGACCAGUGCUUCUAUUUGUAACUUAGCUGAUCUGUAACACUUUGUUACCACUGAAACAAAAGGUAUACUGUAUAAAUGAAGUAUAUUUCUUUUCUUUUUUUAUUAUAUCACAUUAUGUUUUAAUAUACUGUAAAUGUCUUCUAUAAAAUGUAAUCUAUUAUCUAAAUGUAAAAUAAUUUAUAAUUUGAUAUGUUUUAAAAUAUUCUCUUCAUUUGGACUAUUUUCUAUGUUUCUGUGGAAGAGCUUCCUAAAUCUUAAAGAUUUAAUUUAUGAACCAAAACAUAUUUUUAUUAAA